UCAGUCCAUUUGUGAAUUUCAUAGAGUCACAGGCUGCUGAGUCUCCCCCAGGUGUUUUUAAUAUUUGGGAAAUUCCUAUUGGUAGUGUGUGCUAUUUUUAAGGAGAUAAGAGUUUUGUUUGUUUGAGGUUUUUUUUUGUAAUCAAUAGCCUAAAAAUUGGAAACUAGUUAAACACCCCAUCCAAAAACAAACAAACAAAACAAAACAAAAAAAAAAAACAAGCAAAAAAGACAAAAGGGAACAAACAUGGAUAAGUCUAUAGAUGAAGGAAGGAUGGAAGGAAGGAAAGAAGGAAGGGAGGGAGAAAGAGAGGGAGGAAAAGAAUGAAGGAAAAUAUGCAAGCCUGUUUCAUCUAUUUGUAUCCUAAGCAGCAGUGUCAUAGAACAGACAGGUUGUUUCAGCCAACCAGACGAGAGCAGCUGCGAGUGCUACAUCUUGGCAGUCCGAAGCGAUUGGCUCCUCUCUGGGGAGUGGAGGGUGUUCAGUUAUUAAUGACCGCUGAGCAGGCAGCACCAUGUCAGUGUGACAACUGAUCUGGUGAACGAUGCACCACUAACCACCAUGGAAACAAGGAGAAAUAAAGCCAGCUCACAGGAUCUCUCUUCACUGGAUUGAGAGCCCCAGCCUGCCGACUGAGAGAAAGAGUUCUGAGAAAAAGAAGGAAUCUUAUCUGCAGCUUCCUGCCUUGUUUUAUAUUUUAAAAUACAAAGCUCAGGUUGUUUUCAUAUGUGCAUAUCUAUAAUACACAUCUGUGAUUUUUUUUUUUAUUAUUAUACACAAACACUCAUGCACCUAUUUACAAUCAGAGAAGAAUGCAACCAUGUGAUUAUUGCAACUAAGGAACUGAAGAAUCCAGUACGGAAGGACUCAGAAGGUGGUGUUAUCACAGAAACUGCUUUUGCAAGUUAACAUCAUGCUGCUAUACCUGCAAGUACUGAAAAAGCAUGGGAUUGAAUAUUGCACUCCUGAAUAAAUGAGUUACUUAAUUUCCUGUGACCAUCUAUACAUACUCCAUCUUCAAAAAAUACAUCAAUAUUCUAUCAUUAAGAAGACAGCAACCUCCUAUUUCCCAAUAUGUAUGACAUUUUUGGGCAUGGUAAUUGUGGCCCUGACAUGUAUUUCCAUGAAGAAAAACUCUGCAGUUCUAUGGCAUUCAUCAUUUGACAAAUGCAACUAUUUUCCAUAUCAAUCACCUCUAACCGAACUUAUUAGCAGUGACUGUGGAAUCCCUAAGGACCCAUUAAACAUCUGAAGAAGAAAGCUAAGAUGAAGGACAUGCCACUCCAAAUUCAUGUGCUACUUGGCUUAGCUAUCACAACACUAGUACAAGCUGUAGAUAAAAAAGUGGAUUGCCCACAACUAUGUACUUGUGAAAUAAGGCCCUGGUUUACACCCAGAUCCAUUUAUAUGGAAGCAUCUACAGUGGAUUGUAAUGACCUAGGUCUUUUUAAUUUUCCAGCCAGACUGCCUGCUGACACACAGAUACUACUUCUCCAGACAAACAAUAUUGCAGAAAUUGAAUACUCCACAGACUUUCCAGUAAACCUUACUGGCCUGGACUUAUCACAAAACAAUUUAUCUUCACUCACCAAUAUUAAUAUAAAAAAGAUGCCUCAGCUUCUUUCUGUGUACCUAGAAGAAAACAAACUUACUGAACUGCCUGAAAAAUGUCUGUCUGAACUGAGCAGUUUACAAGAACUCUAUAUUAACCACAACUUGCUUUCAAAAAUUUCACCUGGAGCCUUUAUUGGCUUACAUAAUCUUCUUCGACUACAUCUGAAUUCAAAUAGAUUGCAGAUGAUUAACAGCAAGUGGUUUGAUGCUCUUCCCAAUCUGGAGAUUCUGAUGAUUGGGGACAAUCCAAUCAUCCAAAUCAAAGACAUGAACUUUAAGCCACUUAUCAAUCUUCGAAGCCUGGUUAUAGCUGGCAUAAAUCUCACAGAAAUACCAGAUAAUGCAUUGGUUGGUCUUGAAAACUUAGAAAGCAUCUCCUUUUAUGACAAUAGACUUAUUAAAGUACCCCAUGUUGCUCUUCAAAAAGUCAUAAACCUCAAAUUUUUAGAUCUAAAUAAAAAUCCCAUUAAUAGAAUACAGAGGGGUGACUUUAGCAAUAUGCUACACUUAAAAGAGCUGGGAAUAAAUAAUAUGCCUGAGUUGAUAUCCAUCGAUGGUCUGGCUGUGGAUAACUUGCCAGAUUUAAGAAAAAUAGAAGCUACUAAUAAUCCCAGGCUGUCUUACAUUCAUCCAAAUGCAUUUUUCAGACUACCCAAGCUGGAAUCACUCAUGCUUAACAGCAAUGCUCUUAGUGCCCUGUACCAUGGUACAGUUGAAUCUCUGCCAAACCUCAAAGAAAUCAGCAUACAUAGCAAUCCCAUUAGGUGUGAUUGUGUCAUUCGUUGGAUUAAUAUGAACAAAACCAACAUUCGAUUUAUGGAGCCAGAUUCACUGUUUUGUGUGGACCCACCUGAAUUCCAAGGCCAGAAUGUUCGGCAAGUACAUUUCAGGGAAAUGAUGGAAAUUUGUCUCCCUCUCAUAGCUCCUGAGAGUUUUCCUUCUAAUCUGGAUUUAGAAACUGGGAAGUAUGUUUCCUUACACUGUAGAGCUACUGCAGAGCCACAACCUGAAAUCUACUGGGUAACACCUUCUGGUCAAAAGCUCUUGCCUAAUACUCUGACGGACAAGUUCUAUGUCCAUUCUGAAGGCACACUAGAUAUAAGUGGCAUCACUCCAACAGAAGGGGGUUUAUAUACUUGUAUAGCAACUAACCUGGUUGGUGCUGACUUGAAGUCUGUUAUGAUCAAAGUGGAUGGAUCUUUUCCCCAGGAUAACAAUGGAUCUUUGAAUAUUAAAAUAAAAGAUGUUCAGGCCAAUUCAAUUCUGUUAUCUUGGAAAGCAAAUUCUAAAAUUCUCAAAUCCAGUGUUAAGUGGACAGCGUUUGUCAGAAACAAAAAUUCUCAUGCUGCCCAAAGUGCUCGAAUACCAUCUGAUGUCAAGGUAUACAAUCUUACUCAUCUGAGCCCAUCAACCGAGUAUCAAGUUUGUAUUGACAUCCCCACCAUCUACCAAAAACACAGAAAACAAUGCAUAAAUGUCACUACAAAAAGUUUGGAACAUGAUCAAAAAGAAUAUGAAAAGAGUAACACUGCAUUUAUGGCUUGCAUUGGUGGCUUCCUGGGGAUUAUUGGUAUGAUAUGUCUUUUCACAUGCCUCUCUCAAGAAAUGAAUUUUGAUGGUGGAAGUAGAUACAUGAGGAACUACUUAAAGAAACCAACCUUUGCAUUCAGUGAGCUUUAUCCUCCUCUAAUCAACCUCUGGGAAGCAGGCAAAGACAAAAGUACAGCAUUGGAAGUGAAUGCAACUGUUAUAGGUGUGCCGACAAAUGUGUCCUAAAAGCAGCCAACUAAACCUAUUUCAUGGAGAAGAACUACUGUUAUUCUUUUUUAAAAAGCAGAGAAAUGUUACUUUCUAGAAAAUAAGUGUAAGUUUCACCAGUGCUGCUCCUGAUCAGUGGGAAAAUGUACAAGUUCAGCAUUUUAAAUUAACUGGCUUCAAAGGGUACUGUGGCAACCAAAUAAAAUAAUUCCAUUUUCUAGAACUUUCUUUCAUGUAACUUUUAUGUCUUGUCUACAGUAAAAGUGGACAACAUUUCUGUAUUUUUUUUUAAGUGUAUAAACGUAGUUGAACUGAGCAAUACCUCCUCCUGUGUUGUAUUACACAUAUUAGCCACGAGUUUUUGCAGUGAACAGAUAAACUUGAAUUGACACGUGGUGUAAAAACAAAAAAAUGGGCAAAUUCUGUAGAGUAGACACAGUGAGUAUGUGGACUUCUUUUAUAAGGAAAAUACAUUUUGGAUUAAAAUCAA